AUGUCAACGACAAACAAUAUACUCCUGAAAUUGAUAGACUCGCAUGUGCUUAUUGGUCCCAAUUUUAAGGAUUGGCUGAGAAAUCUGACCAUUGUUCUCAAUCUUGAAAAGUCAGUUUAUGUCUUAGAGACACCUUUACCAACAACAGUGGACCCUGAUGCCCUUGAGGAAGAGCAAAGGGCUUAUGCUGAAUGGGUAGAUGCUGACUUACGAGUUUGUAGUUAUAUGCUGGCAUCAAUAAACUCUGAACUUCAAACUCGGUUUGAGAACGUGAAGAGUGCCAUGCGACUUAAGGAGGGUAUUUCCGUAGAUGAUCAUGUUAUUAAAAUGAUUAACAAGACUGGGGAGUUACAAAUUAUGGGCACAGAUUUGUUGCAUAAUAUUCGGCAUCUGCAGAAUAGUUCUGCCUUGAGACAUGAUGAGAUCACACUAAGACUGGCCGAUGGGACAUGA